CUUUUAAACAGUCUCUUAUGAAGGGUCCUAGAAGUCCAAGAGGACUAGAGGGCAUGUAUUUACACUGCUACUGAGUGAAUAUAACUGUUAAAGGCACCUUAAAUAUAAGUUUUCAAAUCAGUGAAAACAUGGCUCACUCAAAGACGAGAACCAAUGAUGGAAAAAUUACGUAUCCUCCAGGAGUCAAAGAAAUCUCUGAUAAAAUAUCUAAAGAAGAGAUGGUGAGGCGACUAAAGAUGGUUGUGAAAACCUUCAUGGAUAUGGACCAGGACUCUGAAGAAGAGAAGGAGCUGUAUCUAAACCUUGCUUUACAUCUUGCUUCAGAUUUUUUCCUCAAACAUCCUGAUAAAGAUGUGCGCUUGCUGGUGGCUUGUUGCCUUGCUGAUAUUUUCAGAAUAUAUGCUCCUGAAGCUCCAUAUACAUCACCAGAUAAACUGAAGGAUAUAUUUAUGUUUAUAACAAGGCAACUGAAAGGAUUAGAGGAUACAAAAAGUCCACAGUUCAACAGAUACUUUUAUUUACUUGAGAAUAUUGCAUGGGUCAAAUCUUAUAACAUAUGCUUUGAGUUGGAAGACAGCAAUGAAAUUUUCACACAGUUGUACAGAACGCUAUUUUCAGUAAUAAACAAUGGUCAUAAUCAAAAAGUACAUAUGCACAUGGUUGAUCUCAUGAGCUCUAUCAUUUGUGAAGGAGAUACAGUAUCUCAAGAGCUUUUGGAUACAGUUCUAGUUAAUCUAGUGCCUGCACAUAAGAAUUUAAACAAGCAAGCAUAUGACUUGGCAAAGGCUUUACUAAAGAGGACGGCUCAAGCUAUUGAACCCUAUAUUACUAAUUUCUUUAAUCAGGUGCUUAUGCUUGGGAAAACUUCUAUCAGUGAUCUGUCAGAGCAUGUCUUUGACUUGAUUCUGGAGCUGUACAAUAUUGACAGUCAUCUCUUGCUUUCUGUUUUACCGCAGCUUGAAUUCAAACUUAAGAGCAAUGACAAUGAAGAACGCCUGCAGGUUGUAAAACUACUAGCAAAAAUGUUUGGGGCAAAGGAUUCAGAGUUGGCAUCUCAAAACAAACCACUUUGGCAGUGCUACUUGGGGAGGUUUAAUGAUAUCCAUGUGCCUAUCCGGCUUGAGUGUGUGAAAUUUGCUAGCCACUGCCUUAUGAACCAUCCAGAUCUAGCAAAAGAUUUAACAGAAUAUCUUAAAGUAAGGUCACAUGACCCAGAAGAAGCCAUUAGGCAUGAUGUUAUUGUGUCCAUAGUGACUGCUGCUAAAAAAGAUCUUUUGCUUGUCAAUGAUCAUCUACUUAAUUUUGUGAGAGAGAGGACGCUAGACAAACGGUGGAGAGUGAGAAAAGAAGCUAUGAUGGGACUUGCUCAAAUAUACAAGAAAUAUUCGUUGCAGUCAGAAGCAGGAAAAGAAGCUGCAAAACAGAUUUCAUGGAUCAAGGACAAACUGCUACAUAUAUAUUACCAAAACAGUAUUGAUGAUCGAUUGCUUGUUGAACGCAUCUUUGCGCAGUAUAUGGUCCCACACAAUUUGGAAACAAAUGAACGAAUGAAAUGUUUGUAUUACCUUUAUGCAACACUGGACUCAAAUGCUGUGAAAGCAUUGAAUGAAAUGUGGAAAUGUCAAAAUCUGCUACGACACCAGGUUAAGGACUUGGUUGACUUAAUUAAACAGCCCAAAACAGAUGCCAGCAGUAAAGCUAUAUUCUCAAAAGUGAUGGUCAUUACAAGGAAUCUGCCAGAUCCUGGCAAGGCUCAGGAUUUCAUGAAGAAGUUCACACAAGUUUUGGAAGAUGAUGAAAAAAUAAGAAGUCAGUUAGAAAUGCUUGUUAGCCCAACAUGUUCUUGCAAGCAAGCUGAAGGAUGUGUGCGAGAAAUUACAAAGAAGUUGGGCAACCCCAAACAACCUACAAAUCCUUUCUUGGAAAUGAUAAAAUUUCUUCUAGAGAGGAUAGCUCCCGUGCACAUUGAUACUGAAUCCAUCAGUGCCCUUAUCAAGCAAGUAAACAAGUCCAUAGAUGGAACAGCAGAUGAUGAAGAUGAGGGUGUUCCGACUGAUCAAGCAAUCAGGGCAGGUCUUGAGUUGCUGAAGGUACUCUCGUUUACCCACCCUAUUUCAUUCCAUUCUGCUGAAACUUUUGAAUCCCUUCUGGCUUGCCUGAAAAUGGAUGAUGAAAAGGUGGCAGAAGCUGCGUUACAAAUUUUCAAAAACACAGGAAGUAAAAUUGAAGAAGACUUUCCUCACAUUAGAUCAGCGUUGCUUCCAGUCUUGCAUCAUAAAGCUAAAAAAGGGCCACCUCGUCAGGCCAAAUAUGCUAUUCACUGCAUUCAUGCAAUAUUUUCCAGCAAAGAAACACAGUUUGCACAGAUAUUUGAGCCACUGCAUAAGAGCCUUGAUCUGAGCAACUUUGAACAUCUCAUUACGCCAUUGGUUACCAUUGGCCAUAUAGCCUUGCUUGCACCUGAUCAAUUUGCUGCUCCUUUAAAAUCUUUGGUAGCCACCUUCAUUGUUAAGGACUUGCUAAUGAAUGACCGGCUUCCAGGCAAAAAGACAACUAAACUUUGGGUUCCAGAUGAAGAAGUGUCUCCCGAGACGCUUGUUAAGAUCCAGGCGAUUAAAAUGAUGGUUCGAUGGUUACUGGGAAUGAAGAACAACCAUAGUAAAUCAGGAACCUCUACUCUGAGAUUGUUAACAACAAUAUUGCACAGUGAUGGAGACUUGACAGAACAAGGAAAAAUUAGUAAACCUGACAUGUCACGCUUGAGGCUGGCUGCUGGUAGUGCUGUUGUGAAACUGGCCCAGGAACCCUGUUACCAUGAAAUCAUCACAUUAGAACAAUAUCAACUGUGUGCAUUAGCCAUAAAUGAUGAGUGUUAUCAAGUGAGACAGAUAUUUGCUCAGAAGCUCCACAAAGGUCUUUCCAGACUACGAUUACCACUUGAAUAUAUGGCCAUUUGUGCACUAUGUGCAAAAGAUCCAGUGAAGGAAAGGAGAGCUCAUGCUCGGCAGUGCCUUGUGAAAAACAUAAAUGUGAGACGGGAGUAUCUGAAGCAGCAUGCAGCAGUUAGCGAAAAACUGUUGUCACUUCUGCCAGAGUAUGUUGUUCCUUAUACUAUCCACCUGCUGGCACAUGACCCAGAUUAUGUCAAAGUCCAGGAUAUCGAACAACUUAAGGAUAUUAAAGAAUGCCUGUGGUUCAUACUGGAAAUAUUGAUGGCUAAAAAUGAGAAUAAUAGUCAUGCAUUUAUCAGAAAAAUGGUGGAAAACAUUAAACAGACAAAAGAUGCUCAAGGACCAGAUGAUCCCAAAAUGAAUGAAAAACUCUACACAGUUUGUGAUGUAGCAAUGAAUAUCAUUAUGUCAAAAAGUACAACAUACAGUUUGGAAUCCCCUAAAGAUCCUGUUCUUCCAGCCCGAUAUUUCACUCAACCUGACAAGAAUUUCAGUAACACGAAAAAUUAUCUUCCUCCAGAAAUGAAAUCUUUUUUCACUCCUGGAAAGCCAAAAGCAGCCAAUGUUCUUGGAGCAGUUAAUAAGCCUCUUUCAUCAGCAGGCAAGCAAUCUCAAUCCAAAUCUUCACGAAUGGAAACUAUAAGCAAUGCUAGCAGCAGUUCAAAUCCAAGCUCUCCAGGAAGGAUCAAAGGGAGGCUUGACAGUACUGAAAUGGACCACAGUGAAAAUGAAGAUUUCACAAUGGCAUCACCCUUACCUGGAAAGAAAAAUGACAAGAGGGACGACUCUGAUCUUGUAAGGUCAGAGAUAGAGAAGCCCAGAGGUAGAAAGAAAGCAGCCCUCACUGACUCAGAAGAAAAGUUGGGUUUAGAUGACCUGAGUAAAUUGGGUCAAGAACAGAAACUCAGAGGUAGUCAGCGGGGGAGGAAGAGAACUGCAGUUGUUACCGAGUCUGAUGAACCACAGUGGCAAGAGGAAAAGAGGCUAAAGGAAGAUGUUUUAGAAAGUGAAGAUGAACAAAAUAGUCCACCAAAGAAAGGAAGAAGAGGGCGACCUCCUAAAACAACAGGUGGGAGUACGCCAAAGGAAGAACCAGUAGCAAAGUCAUCUAAAAGGGGAAGAAAAAAAGCAGUACCAACAGCGGAGGAGGAGGAGGAGGAGGAGGAAGAAAGACAAAGUGAAAACAUGGAACAGAAGCCAAAAGGCAGACAAAACAGGGCACCAAAAAGAACACAACAGAGCCGUACUGGACGCUCCAAACAAGCAGCAAGUAAAGAGAAUGAAUCUAGUGAAGAGAUGGAUGUAUUUCAGAGUAAUUCUCCUGUCAGUGAUGACAUUCCCCAGGAAGAAGUAAUGGAGGAAGAGGAAACUUCCGCUAUCAGUGUGCGUCGUAGAACUUCCAAAAGGGAAAGGCGAUGAGGAAGCAUAUAGUUGACAGCCUUCCAGGUGAAAGUUUUGAAGAACGCUCUUAAUAUAAAGCUUGAGGCUGAAUGAAGCUGUCAGUGCACAGAAUGGGGUUGCUGAAGAAAAACAAAACUUUCUUUACAUUUACUACCCCCUGCAUUUGCAGUCCCUAGGUCACAAGCUUUAGCCACACACAUGUUGAUAUCAUUAACUGUGGAUUUUUGUGACGUGUAAUGUGCGCUGGCUUUGUAGACAUAUGAACUAAAGAAGAAACCUGUAAAUAGCCCUUUUUUAAUGUUUCUGACUUCUAAAGUGCUUGUAUAGCUUUUAUCUGCGGCUUUAAACUGACAGUGCCCAACUCUUUGUUGGAUCUGUUGAUUUAAAAAAAGAAAAGAUUUGUUAAAAUGGAUCUCAAGCAAUAUCUGUCAGUGUUCGUAUUUGUACUUUCCUUGGCAUUUAACUGUGAAAAACAAAAUCAGCUGAACAAAUAGCAUCAUCUUAUUUUGCCACUAUUUGUUGGAAAGAAAAAGAAAACAGAUUGUCCUUAUUUCCUUAUGUAUCUAAUCUAGCGUUUACUUCUAGGCACCCACCUGUUGUCAGAGGUGCUAACUUGCUUUCUUUUACAGUUGAACAAUGUUGCAUAGAAUAAUACAGCAGAUGCAGAUUGUGAAAUAAGUUGUUUGACUCAUUUUACACCUCAGUAUUGAUGCCAGACUUCCUGGACUUCUAGUGGCAUUGAAAAUUCAAAAAGGGUUUAAAAUAUUUUAAUUUGAAAAGUGUGUUAUUAAAUAAUGUACUGAAUGCCCUACCCAUUUUAUCUUUACCUUUCAGUUUUUAUUAAUCUACUGUAUCAAUAAAAUUCUGUAACUGAAUAAGUUUUUAAUAGUCUAGUAUGUUAAUGUGUAUAGAUAUUUCCUCCUGAACAUUAUGUUCACAGAGCAAAUUAUUACUACAUUAUAAUAUGAAAUCUGAUAUAUAAACAUUAGUGAAAAUAUAGUUCUUAUUACAGUGUAAAGUUAAUCACAAAGAAAUAAUUUUAUUGAUGCAGUGUGUCUUUAUAAAGCUGUUCUUGAGAGCCAAGUGUUUUGUAUUUUAUAGUGAAGUUGCAUGUUUAUGAAAAAUGUGCUGAAAAUGGGAUGUAAUGUUUUUUUUUGAAACUCGUAUAUAGCAGUAGUAUAUGGUAGGUUGUCUCACGAGAGAAUCUUCUACUGAGAGUUUAUUGUACUUAUUUUUUUUUUUGUGAGCCAAAUUUUAUUUGGAAUGAAGAGCUAAGUUUUAAUUGAAUGGCCAGCUAUAGACCAUUGCAGUCAAGGUUUUCUAGAUUUGAAUGAAGCUCCACUUUUAUUUCGUUCUACCUUUACAGAGGUUGGAUUUUUGUUCUGGUAUAAUCUGCAAAAGUAGAAACAGAAUUCUUAAGGCAGUAUCCUAUAUGCAGUUUUACGAACUGUAUCUUUGAACCAAAAUGUAUAGGUUUCUACUUUAUGCUUAGCCAAGCACAUUUUUAUAAUUUCAGGUGCUGUUCUCCUUCUGGUUCCUUGCAGUUGACAACAUGUGAAAAAAUCAAUUUCUAACUUAUUAAAUUUUUAUCUCAUUGAAUAAUGGAGCAUUUUCAUAUAAUCCAUCAAAUAAUAUGUUCUUAAGUUAUAUUUGCAAAGAUAGAAUAUAAAGGAUAGGAAAAGGAAAGUGGUGUAGGAACAUGAACAUACCAGUUUCCAAACUAUAUUUAUCAUAAGGAAUUUUACUUUUUUCUUUAGACUUUUUUAUUUUGAAAUAUUCCUACUUAUUGAUGGAAAACUUUAUUUUUAAAAACCUAUAUUAUUCUUCCUUUGCUCAAAAUUUUUCCCCAGUAUUCAGCUGUUCUACAUUCAUACCCAUGGUUAUGGGGGAAAUGCUGCCUAAAAGGACAGUUACAAUUGGUUGAAGUGACUUUUACUAGCACAACUAACCUAAAUGGCUUUCUUACACUUCAGCAGUGCAAAUGCAAGUUUUUUAUCCUAUAAAAUAAAGAUUGAAAGUUAGCUUUAUAUUUUCUUCAUUGACAGAAUUGCACUGAAAACAUUUAUUGAAGAUAGAUAUCUUAGUCCAUUUUAUACAAAAUAUGAAAAAUUGAUGUUGAAACUGCUGCAGACUAUUGGUUUUAUGUGCAUAAACAUGGUUAGGUUAAGUAUCAUUUAAUAUUAAUGAACAUCAACUGAUCAUAAAAUGUUUAAUGCAAAUUGAAACUAUAGUUUUGCAAUUUAAAUGUUAAUUUCUUGAGCUAUAAUGUGUAAUUCAUUAUUUCUUGGGAAAACAGGCACAGCAGAUAUUUCAUUCUGAUAUUCCAAACUCUUCUAGGUUCAUCCUCAUCUCCUUAUGUAAGGAAAAUGAAUUUUAUGUACUAACAUUUGAGGUCUGCACAUAGCUACAGUAGAGUAAAAUAAUUAUGUAUAAAAAGAUAAAGUGCUAACAUUCAGUUAGCAUGCUCUUCUGCAAUGAUGAUGUUAAGUUUAUAAAAAUGUACUGUAUUACAUUAAAAAAAUCAAAUUGAACUCAGUGUAACAGGUUCCAGUAUGAAAUUCUUAAUGAGAUUACAGUAAGUAUGUUGCUGUACCCUGCAGCAUAUUAGACUAAGCUGCAUUAUGUUUUUGUUGCUGCAGUGCAACAGGAAACUUUGUCGUCAUCUUUUUAUAUGUAAAAUGCAAAAAGUGACUGUAACCCUUAUUCUAAGUUUAAAGAAGAAUUGGCUUUGACUCCAUAAGCAUGGUUUUUCACACUACUUCCUUGUCUCUGGUUCCCCACAUCUAAUAAUAUGAAUAUUAAGGGCUGUUCUUAAUGCCACUUACUAAUAAGGAAAUAUAUGGACCUACCUCCUCCAAAGUUGUAGGUGAGUACAUCUCUUCCACAACAGUAGAUAUGUCUGUACCUUAAUUAUACUUGGUAGUUUCCAUUUUCUAGCAAAAUAUUGAGCUGCCUUUAAGUCCUAUUUUGAGCUUUGCUUUUUGUAUUCUAAUCUAUGCAAGCAAAAACAGUUGUAAUUCUUUUAUUGACAAACUAGAAUAGGCACUGUUCUUUUAAAAAAAAUUCUCCUAUAUGCUAAUUGGCCUAUUUAUG